GGGGCAAUGACCUAUCCUGCAGCGUGUUAGACAAGGGACUGAAUAUGUAUUGCACUGUAAGUGAAUGCCCAGGCAUUUACACCAGCUCCAGGAGGAACACUCCCCCUCUCUGCUACCUCAAGCCCCUCUCCUUCAGGUGUGAUUUGGCUGAGCCUGUAGGGAAUGCUGACAACACUAAACUCCUGGGCAGGGCAGAGGAAGGAGCUCUCUUGUGUUGCUGCCAGCCUCACAGGCCCUUUCUGUAGAGAUUACCUUGGCACCUGGGUGCUUUCUGUGCUGUGUGGGAGGUUUGUUUGUCUCUGGAGUUUUACUUGGUUUGGGCAGUGGGUUGGGUCAGUGUGAUCAAAGCCAAACGGAUUGGCACCUAUUCAUGCAAUAAAAACUUUUCUUCCUCUGAUAUUUUCUAUUACCUGUAUUCUCCUCCCAUUUUUCUGUACGAGGCAGUAGAAGAGGCUCUGAUCCUGAAUCAGCCUCUGGUUUGGAGUCUAUCUGCACACGGCAGUAGCAGGCUUGGGGUCCAGCUCUGCCCUUCCUGCUGGUGUGGCCAGAGAUCACCCAGGGGAAACUCCUCAACUCAGGCUGCUGGGAGGCAAACAGGCCUUUGCACUGAAGCCAAGUGAAGAACCUCAUAAUUGCACUAUACGUCAUUUAACUCAGCUAAGAUUUUGUUAGCUGUGAAGCAUCUCUUGCCAUUGGGAAGGACUCCUCCACCAAGACAGAGACCCUAAGCUCCGUUGUCCUUCCCUGCCCCUGCCUGUGACGCCUGUCUCCACGCUUUGAGGCCAGCACUCAACAGUAGCUUUAUUCUUCUUUCCUCUCAUCAGACCAUUCCCCAGCCAUGUUCCAGCGUUUCACCAGCCUCUUCUUCAGUGACAGCAACACACCAGAGGGCCUGGAGGAGCCCAAACCCUUUGUCUCUGAGGAGGAGGAGGAGGAUGGAUGGCUCAUAAUUGAUCUUACAGGUAGUUAUGCCUCAACCUCUGGUGAAGAGCAGAGGGUAGGUGAGAGAGCUCCCGUAUGCACGCCCCGGGGGUGCCCAGAGUCCCCCCCGCCUACCACUUCUUCGUCCCACUCACUCCGUGACUGUGUCGGCAGGCCUGUGCCCUCCCAGCCCGACCCCUGCUUGAUGGACGAGAGUUGGUUUGUCACCCCUCCCCCCUGUUUUACUGCAGAAGGCCCCGGCCUCGACAGCAUGGAGAGCAACCCCAUGGAGGAUCUCCUUAUUGAGCACCCUAGCAUGUCCGUCUAUGUCACCAGCAACAGCCUCGUGGUGGACAGGGAGAGUCCCGAGGAGAUCAGUGAAGGGGAGGUGCCGGAGCCCCAGCUGGAGCGCCAUGUGCCACACCACAGCACGUCUCUCACAGUGAAGGCAGCCAUCCUCGAGAAGGUCAGCCAGGCCCGGCGGGUGCAGCGGGCCAAGCAGCUGGCAGAGAAGCACCGGCUCAGCCAGAAGGCCCUGCAGCGGCAGAACCGUGCUCGCGAGCGCCCCUCGCGCAGGAUCAAGCAGCAAGGCGGGAGCUUCAUCCACCAACCAUGCCAGCGCCAUUGCAACUACUAAUCUCUGUCAGGAAGCCUGCUCCACUGGGGCAUUAUCCGUUCAGCUUCACCUCCUCUCUCAUAACACUUCCUCCAGUGAAGGGAGGCUUCAGCCUUCCACUGACAUAAACCUCUCACCAGGGAGAGCGUCUCUGCUCUCCCCACUAGAAACACUAGUUACGCCAGCCAACCCUCGCCAGGCUGCAGUUUCACUCCACCCCCUCUUACGCCCAUAUACUUGACCCCUCACUCAUUACCCCCCUCCCCUCCCUCAUCUGCUGCUCCUUCCUCCCUUCUCUCCCAAAAUGCAGACUGAACUGGACCCGUGAAGAAGUCCCCCAGCACAGUGUGGCCUCAUGAGGCUGCACGUCUGCUUUCAAGUAUCAGGAGUUCCUCAAGCCCAGUUAAAUUUCAUGAAGUAACAUGGGGGUAAACAGUUAUUCCCCAAGGAAACGCAGUUUCCAAGGUCACGUUACCCCUUAGAGCACCCUUCUCUCCCUUUUGCCCCUCAACUUGCAUGCGUUCUUCCAUCUACCCUUACAGUGAUGCCAGUAUUUAAAUGGGAAAUUGGUAUUCCCAGUGAAAUCGCCUGUUUCCAAAACGCAACACGAAGGCUAUUCCAAGUUUAAGGAAAAGCCUGUCUUUUGUGUACUAAAGAGCCUGUGACAUCAGUGCCUUUCUUUAUGACAUCAUGCUCUUCUCCACAUAAACAGACUGUGAUGUCACAAACAGAGAUACCAAGCUGAAGUGAAAAGAGGAACAAAACAAGGUUUAGUAUUCUUAGGAAAAAUAUAAUCAGUGACAUUAAAUAAGAAUAUUUUUUCCCCUCCCCACCUCCCCUUCUCUCGCCAUCCCUCUUGAUGUCUCUCUCUGAAGCAAAGAGGAAACCUGACCCUUUCUGAGGGAGAGGCUCUGUGUGGUAGCUGGGCUUGGGUGUCACCCCCAAGCUGAUGACACUGCUGCUCCACGCAGAGGCACUCUGCUCACCAGGAGUGAGCCGCAGCAGCUGGACACUGCUCUAACCUACAUUUCAGGCCCAGUGUCAAGAUGAGCCAGUUCAGGCUGUGGCAGCUGCAGGUCGCUGCAGCCUUGCAGGAGAUCCAGCCCACAUGAUGCUACAUCGCCUCUAACCCCUCUCAGCCUUUAAAAAAAAAAAAAAAAAAAGUACCAUGUCCAGGCUGUUCUUUGGGAGUUUCUGGGUUGCUACAGGGAGUCUCACUGUGCUUGCUCUGCCCGCUCCAAACUAGUCAAGGCUCUUAGGCAGCUCAUUGCCAAUGGGAAGGCAACCAGGACCUCCCAGAAGGGUCUGAAUAAACCAGCAUUGCUCAUGGCAGAAAUAGUCAGUGGUUCAGACAAAAAUAAACGCAGCAACCCGCCCCUUCCCCUUUCCCUCCCAAAUUUCUUUCUUACUUACAGUUUUACCUUGAUAAUACAAGUUUUACCUUGAUAAUACAGUUUUACCUUGAUAAUACAAAACCACCACUAUCCUUCCCAAAAGAGCUUGUCCCAGGCAGAAGGCUGAUGGAAAUAUUUGUGGGAGGGUCAUCCAAGUGACUGAAAAUACCCCAGAGGAUCGUCAGAGCCAAGGUUUUGCUACUGAUCAAGAAAGCACACAGAAGAACCAUUCGGCACCUCUCCAUUGGCUGCUGCAAU